AUGACUACGUCUGCACAGCCUGAAGAGUAUCAGAUGAAAACAUCGCUUGAUCUAACAACAGAUGAUACUGCCAAUCAUUUUCCAUUGUUACUUGACUCAAAAAUGGAAAAAACAAAACUAUUUCACGCUGGUGGUUUUAUAAUGUUCAAGAAACUGGCUGCUUAUUCAUUGGCUCUAGGUAUUCUAGUUGCAGGCAGUGCCCUAUUCGUUGUUCAACACUUACCUACCCAAAGCACAAAGCUAGCUGUCGGCACAUACACAGAAAAGAAUGAACUUUCGCCAAGCUCUACUCCUCGAAAUUCGUUUGCUAAACAAUCAUCUGUUGUUCAAGAUCAAUUGAUGAACAUACCAGCCAGUGUUCAGAAAAAUGGCAUCGCACCAAUUGAUUCACUAGCUGAAAACGUUCCCAUGAUCGAAUCGGAAGUUCCAACAUUUAUUCAGCUAGACAAAACGAAUCCAUAUGUUCCAGAGCACACGACAUCCCUUCCGACUAUCGCUGAAGGUCCCAAUUUGUCCGUUCUUGAGUUUCCAACUGUUUAUCAUCCACAACAAGAAACUAUUGUCACAAUGCCAAUUAUAGAAGAUCCAUAUAACAUCAGCAAUUACGGUACAUAUCGAGUAACGAUUUAUUCCGAAGACUCGCAACAUGUUAUUGCUGAUACAUUAUUGAAUGUUGUUCCACGAAUAGAACUCUGUGUUCCGAAGCAGUUUAUUGUUCGUGAUUCUGUUAAUAAUAUCAUCAAGGAUGGAAUUGUUACAUUAAAGUCUGGAGAGGAACACGCAGUUGUUUUUACAGGUAGAACAGAUCAAAACGGUUCGGUUAAUUUGCCUGACACGAUUACUGAUGGUUUAUACGAAGUUGAAAUUUAUUCACAAAACAAUUCUAAAUUACAACGACUCAACUUUUCGAUGAUAGCUUUUCAGAAUCGUCGACAGAUGAAGGCCAAUUCAUUCAUUGGACGAACUGAUCUUAAACCGAAUGAAAUUGAAAUUGUGCUCAAAUGGGAUGCAGAUCCUCACGAUUUAGACUCGCAUCUUUAUGCAUCCGAUGGAACGCAUAUUUAUUUCUCUACGAAGAACGCUGAAAAUAUGUCAUUAGAUUAUGACAUUACAACAGGUUACGGACCUGAAACCAUUCGAUUCACUGUUAAAUCGAAUUUGAAAUAUAUUUAUGCAGUUCAUCGAUACGCAGGAAAUUCAAUACUCGCUCAGUCGAAAGCCGAGCUUAUGUUUUCUAUCAAUACAAAUCAGACACACAUAUGUCGAGCCGGAAAACAAGAUAAACUCAUAAAUGGUGAAAAGCAUAGAAUUCCGCACACGGCACGUCCUCAAGCGAACUUUUGGGUUGUAUUUCUGCUCGACGGUUCAACAAAUGAGAUCAAGUUUUUCGAAAAUGCAUUCGAGAAUCAUAAUGAUUUUGGAACAAAUAUAAUUCCUACAAAAUAUUUUUCACUUUAA